AUGGAGAACCAGACGGAGGUGAGCGAUUUCGUCCUCCUCGGACUCACCGAUCUCCAGGAGCUCCAGAUUUUCCUCUUCCCCCUUUUCCUCCUGCUGUACAUGGCCAAUGUGUUGGAAAAUGGGGCCAUCAUAGCGGUGGUUUUAGCCGAGCCCCGGCUCCACAAACCCAUGUACUUUCUCCUGGGCAACCUCUCCUUCCUGGACAUCUGCUUCUCCACCGUCGCCGUGCCCAAGCUGCUGGCUGGUUUCCUCUCUGAGCGCCAGGCCAUCUCCUUCGCUGGCUGCCUGGUCCAACUCUACUUCUUCCACCUCCUGGGCAGCAGCGAGACCGUUCUAUUGGCCGUCAUGGCCUACGACCGCUACGUGGCGAUCUGCAACCCGCUGCGCUACACAGUGGUCAUGAGCCCGCGGGCCUGCCUGCUCCUGGCCGUGGCCAGCUGGGCCAGUGGCUUCCUUCACGCCCUGAUAACCACGGUCAUGACCUCCCGGCUGCACUUCUGUGGCUCCAACCGUAUCCACCUCUUCUGGUGCGACAUCAAACCCCUGCUCAGCCUGGCGUGUGACAGCAUCCGCCUCAACCUCAUUCUGCUCAACAUCGAUGCCGCGGUCCUCGGUCUGAUUUCUUUCCUCCUCACGCUCUUCUCCUACCGCUACAUCAUCUCCUUCCUCCUCCUGAAGGUCCAGUCGCGGGAAAGCCGGAGAAAGGCCUUUUCCACCUGCACCUCCCACCUCACCGUGGUGUGUCUGUUGUACCUGCCGGUCCUCGGGAACUACAUGAUUGCCUCGCCGGGUCUCACCUCUGAAAGAGACAUGAUCCCCACCCUCAUGCACAGCAUCGUCACCCCCGUCCUCAACCCCCUGAUCUACACUCUGAGAAACGAGGAGGUGAAAUCCGCCCUGAAGAAAUUGCUGCGUAGAAACCUUUUCCCUAAAAGAAUUUGA